GGAAAAAAGAAAAGAAAAAAAGAAAAAAAAAAAGGGAGAGAGAGCUAUGGUCUCGAGUAUCUGUCUCUCCAUAUUAUCUUCUACUUCUUCUUCAACAUCAAUUAGCAAUUCCACUUGCUGUUAUUUUAGGCCCAAAAUUAACAACAUCACUAAUAAUAAUAGUAACAAUUUUAUAAAAUUCAGAAGAAAAAAAAGAAGAGGAAUAAUUAGAAUAAUAAAACAACAAUGGUUGGAAGAAGAUGAUAAAGGAGUAUCCCCUGAACGAUUUCUCGAAAACAAUUCGAUUGCGGAUUACAUGAGGUUUAAAAACGGUGGAGAUUCGCCUCCUCAGUUACAAACUGCACUUGUUACUUAUCGCAAGAAAUUCCCUUGGUCUAUUCUUAACCCUUUUCUUCAGGUUGAUUUGGUUUCUACUAUCCACAUUGCAGACAAACAGUACUUUGAAACCUUACAGAAGGAACUUCAGUCAUAUGAUUGUGUGCUAUAUGAGAUGGUGGCUAGCAGGGAAAGUUUAGAAAAUCGAAGAAACCCUUCAGCAACUAGAAAGCUUACAAAUUCACGCUCUCGGGGUUUUAAUAUUAUAGGGUUUAUUCAACGACAAAUGGCUAGAGUACUCAUGCUUGAUUUCCAACUAGAUUGUCUUGACUACGAUCCUGAUAAUUGGUACCACGCCGAUCUCGACUUUGAAACCUUCAAGCUACUUCAGAUGGAAAAAGGUGAGAGCCUUUUUACAUUUGCGAGAGAUAUGACUCUCAAAUCAACGAAAGCAUUGGUACAAGCCACUUCAAUCCCCGAAGAACUUGGUCCAUGGAGAUCCAAACUAUUAUGGGCCUCCCGUGUGCUACCUAUGCCUCUUGUUGGCCUUUUUUUCAUUAGCAGUCUUUGUGCUGAUGUGGGUGAUGAGCCAACUGAUAAUCCAGAACUAGAGGCAUUAUCUAGGCUUGAUUUUGGUGCUGCAAUGAAGGUCUUUUUGGCAAAAAGAUUAACAUCAGAUUUUACAAUGGUAACGACAGAUGUAGAGGAGAAAUCAGUCAUCAUUGGUGAGCGAAACAGGGCUGCAACAGAAGCACUCGAAAGAGCAAUCAACAAUGGCCAGAAGAAGAUCGCGAUACUAUAUGGUGGUGGGCACAUGCCGGAUUUAGGAAGGAGGUUAAAAGACGAAUUUGACCUUGUUCCUUCUCGGGUUCAAUGGGUAACUGCUUGGUCAAUCAAGAACCGAAAUCUUACAAGCAAUUCUUUACCUUUCUUGAAGAAACUAGCAGAAGUUUCAGGCUGGCCAUUAAACCGGUAUCAAACUUUGGCCUUGCUUAUAUUUUCAUCUGUUCUGGCAUUGGAUCUGUGGUUCUGGGAACUCUUUUUUGGGUCAACAGUCAAUUUUAUUACACAAGUAGCAUCUGAUGCAGUUCAGUUUGUUGAUAAUUCUAACCUAAGCUAAUGAACGAUGCUGUCACAUACAGAUAUAGGUCAAAGAUUUUUAUCAUGUUAUGUGAUAAUAGUAAUUGUUCAUAUUUGUAAUUCUUGUAAAUUUACAUCCUUAACUUUUGUAAGGCAUCUAUGAUCGUAAUUUGGUUCCAUGGGGUUAUUAAACGGUA